GUCCAUAAGUCUCUCCUAUUUUUGAUCACUCUAGCCGUCUUAUUAGUUGCACUAGCAUCCAUUUCGUUUGACUUUAUCAACACGUCAUCUUCAUCGUUUGUUUCAUAUUUUGCUUGACCUCUACGUGUACAACUAGGAUCACCCCUGACUUCGCCUAACCCCCUUUAUCGUUUGGCACCAAGCACCCAUUUAUCUCUUAUCAGUCGCCGUCGAUCAUCAAAUUACAUCUGUUACCUGCACACUAUAAGACAAUCAAACACAUUUCUCUAACUCUAACUCUAGUUAGUCUACAAUCAAAAUACUCAAACUAAGCUCAAGCAAUUCAAAACUCAACAAAUCAACUUGAUAAUCUUGUUAAUUACUCAUCACAUAUAAAUGUGAUGAAUCAAGAUAUAUUUUAACUUGUUUGUCAAAAUUUUACUAGGACAAACUAAACUUAACCUUGAACUAAAUGAAAAUCAAUUUUUCUAGACAUAGCCAAAUAUUGAUUUGGCAGACACAAACCAAACAGCCCUUAGUCCGACCUGGUUGUCCCUUGCAACACUAACUGUCACAUACACGCCACUUGACUAGUUGGCGUUAGAAUCGAAUUAAGGCCACCGUUCGGUCCGAUUCAAGGCCAUUGACCGAUCGAAAUUAAGCCUAUAAAAUGUUUUUUAAAAUCUAUUCACACUUACAGUCAUGUUGAUCAUCUCGAGCUUAAAAGCGGCGCCUCCUCCAAAGCACGUCCAAGAACCGACGAUCGGUCCGAGGGGCAAACCACAGCUGUUGUCGCCGCCGGAGAGGCAGCACGAGAAUGCCGUCGCCGCCAUGGACGGCUCGCCUCGGCAGCCGGCACAAGAACGAUGACCCGAGCACGCCGAGGGGCUUCUGCGCCAAUUACUUGUCCGUGGAGUCGCGCCUCCUGCUCGCCCUCGUAACCGUGCUGCUGCUGGUGCUCCCGCUCGUCCUGCCACCGCUCCCGCCGCCGCCGAUGCUGCUGCUUCUCGUGCCGGUGGCAAUGCUUGCGGUGCUGCUGCUGCUGGCACUCACGCCGUCAGGUAGCCGGAACAACGUCGCGGAUCCGGCAUCCUACUUGUAAAUCGAUGUACAUUACAAAGUUUUGCCAGAGGUUUUGAACAUUUGAUAUGAAUGUUGGAUCAAUUAAUUUA